AUGAACAAAGCAUAUGUCAUAUCACUACUAAAGGAUCAAAAUGAAUCAAUAGUACAUAAGCGAAUACUCAAAUUGACAGGACUCUCUAUAAAACCAUAUGAUUUAUUCGAAUAUAUAAAUGAAUAUUUACAAUCUUUUGAACCUCAACUAAUUAUAGAGAAAUUAUCAUUACCAUCAAACAACCUAAAUGAAAUACCGUCUAAUUUUACAAAGAUACUGAAGAAUUUGAAAUAUUUGGACUUACAUAAUAAUCAAAUUUCAUUUUUAAGUCAUGAUUUUAUAAAUAAUUUACCAAAUUUGGAAGCCUUGGACUUAUCAUCAAAUAAAUUGUCCUACUUACCAAGUAAUAUCUCAUCACUACAUCAUUUAAAGGUUCUAUCUAUAAAAGACAAUGAAUUUGAAUAUAUUACUCCGGAAUUAGGAGAGUUAAAAAGUCUAAAUUUGAUUGAGUUAUCAAAUAAUCCAUUAAUCUUGCCAUCAAUAGAAUUAAUUUCGAAUUUACAAUCUCAAGCAUCCAAUAUUGAAUGGGUGAGUGAAUUAAAACACUACCUCAUAUCAAAUCAAACAAUCUUGCAUCAAAAGAUAGUAGAAUUAAAAGAAGAUAAUCAAUUUCAGACAUUAGAUCAAUGGCAAAGUAGUGCUAACAAUUCCAUGCAUAUCACACCUCCAAGUAUGAGAAGAUCACAUAGCAUUAGCGAGCCAGGUAAAUCUAAAAUAUCUACAAAAGCUUCCAAAAGAAUGGGACUAAUCAUUAAAAAGACAGAUGAAAAUGGAUCUAGUACAGAAGAUUUGAAUUCAUCAACAAUUCAUUCAUUUUCAAGAAGUUUCAAUCAAGAAGAUUUACCUCAUUCUGCUUCAGCGGUUGAAACAACUUUUCAAAUUUCAAGUCCACCUCCGCAACCUUUACAUACGAACUUAACUGCUCCCAACUCAGCUUCAAAUUCACCAUCAACAACUCUCAAUAAACCAACUUUAAGAUCAAGAUCAAAUACAAUGAAAGAAAUUGAUCAGAUUUUAGAGAAAAAUGAUAACGUAGAUACUGAGCAUAAAUCAAGUGCUUAUUUUAAAAGAUUAUCGGUGUUGCAAGAACAGCCUUCGGAUGAGGUUGAAAGUAAUGUUUCAAUUUCAAGACCUACUACUAGACAGACAUUGGAUCCGAAUUUCAAACAAACUCAACAAGCAACAUCUUCAGCCAUAGCAUCAUCAACUCAUCCAUCAUCUUCCUCAAAUAUACCAAUCUCCACAGACGGCUCACCUAAUAGAGUCUCACAACCUACAAAGAAACAUACAAAUGCUGUAAUCAUCAAAGUAUCUAGAAAAGUUUUAUUUUCAUUUAGUGAAUUACAUUCAUCAAUUAGAAGAUUUACAGCAUUUUGUACCGAUAAGAAAGUCACUAUGAAAAUGGUAUCCUAUUUAUAUGGAACAAAAUCAAAUAUAGAUAAUCUUGUUGAGAAUCUAGAAAUAGUAGAAGAAAAUGGAGGUAAUACAGAACAAAUUGCACAAUCAUUACAAACAUGUAUGAUGUCAUUUAAAUCAAUUAUGAAUUUGUUACAUCAAAAUAUAAAUAAAUUUGUUUCCAAAAUAGAUGUUUGUUUUAUAAGAAUGUUAUAUUUAUCAAUUUUUGGAUCAAUUAGUGAAUUACAAAAUGCUUACAAUUUACUUACGGUUAAAACAUCCCCUGUGAAAUCUUCAACCAAUGAAUUGAAACAAAAAUUGAGUAUUAAUACAAAUGUUGGAUCUUCUUUCAAUGAAGUAGACGAAAAAUUAUACGCAACAAUUGAAGCCGCUAUUUCGAAUGCUCAAUCUAUAUUUACAGAUCUUAAUAAAAAUGUAAAUAGAGGGGCUACUGCACAUUCCGCUUCUGUACUGCCUAGUGUGACAGCUAAGAUUAAAGAUUUGUCAAAUAAUUGUGGACUGUCACUAGAUAUAAUCAAGAGAUUGAGUACAAGACUUAUAACUAUUAGAAAUAAUCCAUCACAAACAACCAAAAAAUUAUUUGCUGAAGAUAUAAAUCAAUUUUUGAAGUCUAUUGUACAAAUCUUAGCUGCAGUGAAGGGAAUUGUUGUGGAUAUACCCAUACUUGAUGAUGUAAGAGCUUCUAUGUCUAGUAUUACAAAGACAGCUAAAGAAGUUACUUAUAUGCUAGAGAUAUCCUCAUAUAAGUCAUUACUAGCUGAGUCUUCAAGUAGUUCCACAUCAAAUCAACCACCAAAUUUUACACCAUUAUCAGCACAUGCCCCCGCCUUACCAUCUACUGCAACAUUUAAUAAUGGGCCGGUUCCCAUAAGAAAUCCAAUGAUGCCUACAACUAAUGCAUCUACUACAAAUAUACAAGAACAAGAGACAACUUUACAAUCAAAUGGUCCAUUAACUGCUCCUCCACAAUCUUCAGGUCAAAUAUUUGCUAAAAAUGGAAUGAAUCCAUUCGAUAAAUUGAUUAUGACUAAGAGUGAUGAACUAUAG